AUGCGCGACGCAAAUGCAAACGAACGAACUGCACUCACCACUGGUACUGGUGGUGCAGAUUCAUUCGAAAUUUCCCCUAAAGAUCUACAGAAAUUAAUGGACUGUCGUAAAUUGGAGGCUGUUAAAUAUCUUAAUGAAAAAUACGGUGGAGUUGUAGGAUUAUGUCGAUUACUAAAAACAUCUCCACAAGAUGGUUUACAUGAAGAUGAUUUCUCUAAACGUAUUAAUACAUUCGGUGCUAAUGUUAUACCACAACAACGUGCUAAAACAUUUUUAAGAUUAAUGUGGGAAGCUUUACAAGAUUUAACAUUAAUUGUUUUAAUUGUUGCUGCAUUCAUUUCACUUGCAUUAUCACUUUAUAUAAAAUAUGGACAAGCACCAACAUUUGAUGAAUCGGAAGGACAAGCUGGUUGGAUUGAAGGUUUAGCCAUUCUAAUUGCUGUAUUUGUUGUUGUAUUUGUUGUGGCAUUGAAUGAUUGGCAAAAAGAACGACAAUUUCGUGGUUUACAGAAUAAAAUUGAAUCAGAGCAUACAUUUUUUGUUAUACGUAAAGGUGAUACUAAACAAAUUCCUGUAAAAGAAAUUGUUGUUGGUGAUGUAUGUCAAGUGAAAUAUGGUGAUCUCCUACCAGCUGAUGGUAUAGUGAUACAAUGUAAUGAUUUAAAAAUUGAUGAAAGCUCUUUAACUGGUGAAUCGGAUCAAGUAAGAAAAAGUGAAACAAAAGAUCCUGUCCUACUUUCAGGCACUCAUGUUAUGGAAGGUUCCGGUAAAAUGGUUGUUACUGCCGUUGGACCGAAUUCACAAGCUGGUAUAAUAUUUGCUUUGCUAUCUUCUGAACAAAAAGAGAAAAGCAAAACUAAAAAGAAUGAUAAAAAAGGGAAAAAGAACAUUAACAAAGUACCAUCUGCUAAUUCCGAUGCUUAUCAAAUGAAAUCAAAGGAGAAUAAAACAAAAACUGAAUCUGAUACAGAACAGACUUCGAAACCGAAGAAAAAACCACGUCGUAAAGAACAAUCUGUGUUACAAGCAAAAUUAACUAAAUUAGCCAUACAAAUUGGUUAUGUUGGUACAUGUGUUGCAAUAGCUACUGUCCUAAUAUUAAUCAUAAAAUUUUCAGUACAUACAUUUGCACAAAAUAAAGAACCAUGGCAAACUGGAAAACAUUUGAAACAAAUAGUUAAUUAUAUUAUUACUGGUGUGACAGUAUUAGUUGUUGCUGUUCCCGAAGGUUUACCACUUGCUGUAACUUUAUCAUUGGCAUAUUCAGUGAAACGUAUGAUGAAAGAUAAUAAUCUAGUUCGACAUUUAGAUGCAUGUGAAACAAUGGGCAAUGCAACAGCGAUUUGUUCAGACAAAACUGGUACAUUAACUACAAAUCGUAUGACAGCUGUUCAAUGUUUUGUUGGUAAUAAACAUUAUAAACGUAUACCGACAGCUUCAGAAUUACCAGAAUCUAUCAUCAAUCUCAUAGUAAUGAAUAUAUCCAUCAAUAGUGGAUAUACAUCGAAACUUUUGCCUCCCGAUAUUCCAAAUGCUUUACCUAAACAAGUUGGAAAUAAAACAGAAUGUGCUUUAUUAGGUUUUGUCAAAUCUAUUGGACGUAGCUAUGAAGAUAUACGUACACAAUGGAGUGAAGAACGUUUAUAUAAAGUGUACACAUUUAAUUCAAUACGUAAAUCCAUGAGUACAGUUAUUAAAGAAUCAGAUAAUCCAAUGUCAUUUUUAUUGUUUACUAAAGGUGCUUCAGAAAUGGUUGUUAAAUGUUGUUCUUGGAUGAUGGAUGAACAAAAUAAACCAAGACCAUUCAGUCUACAAGAUCAAGAACGUUUAACUGAAGCAGUCAUUGAACCAAUGGCAGGUGAAGGUCUUCGAACCAUUGGCAUAGCUUAUAAAAAAAUUACAAUAGCUACAAAUUCAAAAAGUCCAAAUGAUAUGAUUGUACAAAGUGAACCGAAUUGGGAUGAUGAAGAACAUUUAUUAGAAGGUCUUACUUUAUUAGGUAUUAUUGGAAUUGAAGACCCAGUUCGACCAGAAGUACCAGCUGCUAUACGUCAAUGUCAAAAAGCCGGUAUCACUGUACGUAUGGUAACUGGUGAUAAUGUAAAUACAGCACGAUCAAUUGCAAUGAAAUGUGGUAUUAUACAACCAGGUGAAAAUUUUCUUGUUAUUGAAGGUAAAGAAUUUAAUCGACGUAUUCGUGACAAAGCAACUGGUAAAGUUAGACAAGAUUUAUUUGAUCAAGUAUGGAUUAAUUUAAGAGUAUUGGCUAGAUCUUCACCUCAGGAUAAGUACACAUUAGUCAGUGGGAUAAUUAACAGUCGUGCAGCACCGUCACGUCAAGUAGUCGCUGUCACUGGUGAUGGUACAAAUGAUGGUCCAGCGUUGAAACGUGCAGAUGUUGGUUUUGCAAUGGGUAUAGCUGGUACAGAUGUAGCAAAAGAAGCAUCUGAUAUUAUAUUGACAGAUGAUAAUUUUUCAACAUGCUUUUUAGAUGAUAGUCCAUUGAAAGCUAUACAGAUGUUAUGGGUCAAUUUAAUAAUGGAUACAUUGGCUAGUUUAGCAUUGGCUACAGAACAACCAUCAGUGGAAUUAUUAGAUCGUGCACCAUAUGGACGUACUCAACCAUUGAUCAGUAGACAAAUGGCUAAAAAUAUCUUAGGUCAUUCUUUAUAUCAAUUGGGUGUUAUAUUUUUCUUAUUAUUUUAUGUUCAAUUAAUAAUGGAAGUCGACAAUGUAUCGGGAUAA